AUGGCUGGUCUGAACGUGUCCCUUUCUUUCUUCUUUGCUACCUGUGCCCUCUGCGAGGCAGCCAGGAGGGCUUCCAAGGCCCUGCUGCCAACAGGUGCUUAUGUCAGCUUUGCCCGGGAGGCAGCAGCUGCAGCCCAACUGGCAGCCUGCUACCUGGAGAUGCAGGUGCUGGUGGAGAUUGGCCCCUGGGCUGGGGGUUUUGGGCCCGAUCUGCUGCUGACCCUGGUGUUUCUGCUCUUCCUGGUACAUGGAGCCACCUUUGAUGGGGCCUCAGCCAACCCUGCUGUGGCCCUGCAGGAGUUCCUCAUGGCCGAGGAGUCUCUGCUUAGCACUCUGCUGAAGCUGGUGGCCCAGGGGCUGGGUGUGCAGACUGCCUGCGCUCUUACCCAGCGCUGUUGGGCUCUGGAGCUCAGCGACAUGCACCUACUACAGAGCCUCAUGUUCACGCACUGCAGCUCAGCCCUGCGCACUUCCGUGCUGCACGGAGCACUGGUGGAGGGCGCCUGUGCCUUCUUCUUCCACCUCACCCUCCUCCACCUGCGGCAUAGCCUUCCCGUCUACAGGGUGCCGGCUCUGGCUCUGCUGGUCACCAUGAUGGCCUAUACAGCUGGGCCCUUCACAUCUGCCUUUUUCAAUCCUGCCCUGGCUGCCUCUAUCACCUUCCGCUGCUCAGGGCACACCUUGCUGGAGUACGCCCAGGUGUACUGGCUAGGCCCUUUGACAGGAAUGGUCCUGGCUGUCCUGCUCCAUCAGGGCCAUCUUCCCCGCCUUUUCCAGAGAAACCUGCUCUACCGGCAGAAGAACAAGUACCGAACACCCAGAGGGAAGCUGGCCCCAGGUUCUGUGGACACCCACAUGCCCACAAAGGGAUGCAGUGGCCAGGAGCCAGGGCGGGGCAGGGUGGCAGCUACUGGGCUCCAGCUGAGCCUUCUUGCUCAAGAGGGUGAGGCUAGCAGGGGCUUCUGCCACAGUCCUGUCCCUGGGGUGGGGGACAGUAGCCCCUGGGCCAGCUGCUCUGUGGUGGAGAAAGGGCUCAAGGAGAAAACAAGUAAAUAUCCUGAGGGCUUUCCCCGGAGGCUGUUGCAAGGAUCCAGCCCCGGCCAGUGCUCUGCAACCCCAGGUGGUCCCCCAUCAUGCCAGCUGCUGGGCCUACUCCUGGAGCUGGUGCAGUUGGGGGUGCUGGGCAAACUGUAG